AUGGCGGCGCUGGACAGCACGAGGCCAUCCGUGCCCAAAGACGACGAUGCGGCGAUACAGCAGCGCUGGGAGGCCCUCACAAACGUAUCCUUCUGGAGAGCCAAGGCCGCCGACGAGGCGCGCCACCCCGCCACCGGCGCGCCGCUGUUCACUGACCCAUUCUCAGCAGCAGCCGCCGCGCGCUGCGUUCCGCGCGCCGCAGCAGCAAAGCUGGAGGACAGGGAGCCCGGCGCCGGCGUCGGGCUGCGCGUGCAGUGGAUGGGGGUGCGCACGGCCGAGAUAGACGCGCGCGUGCUCGAGGCGGCGCGGGGGCUGGUCGCGGUGGCCGCCGAGGGCAGCAGCCUGCAAGUCGUCAUCUUGGGCGCCGGCCUCGACGCGCGCGCAUGGCGCCUGCCGUGGCCGCGGCCGCCCGGCGGCCGCGCGGCGGUUUGGGAGGUCGACACAGCCCCCAUUCUGGCCCUCAAGGCGCACGCCCUGGAGGGCUUUGCAGUCACGGCCUGCGAGAGGCGCGAGGUGGCGUGUGACUUGACAAAUGUGUCAGCCCUGGCCAGCGGGCUGGCGCAGGCGGGCCACGACGCCGCCGUGCCGACGGUGUGGGUGCUGGAGGGGCUGAUAGGCUACUUCACCACGGAGGACGGCCUGCAGCUGCUGCACGCCCUCGCGGGGCUGAGCGCCCCGGGCAGCCGCGUGGUGAUGACGUCACCGCCCAGCCUGAAGGACAAGGAGGAGUACGAGGGACGCGGCAUCACGCUGCACCACUCCACGUUUGAAGAGACCGAGGAUACGCUCGCAAGGGCGCGGCGUGCCGGCUGGCAGGGCGUCAUCGUGACGGCUGAGGAGCUGCUGCAGCGCUACGGCGUGGAGCGCGCGCAGCAGCUGCUGCUGCUGACGCCAGCUGAGGCCGGCGGGCCUGCGUGA